CUGCAGCAUACAGCUAAUCGGCAUCAUGCUUGGAGUCCUCUUUGCUGUGUUGAGUCUGGCAGCUGCAGCCUUUGGCUGUGGGGUUCCUGCCUACCCCCCCCUUGUCUCUAGAGUUGUUGGAGGGGAAGCUGCAAGACCGUUCAGCUGGCCCUGGCAGGCCUCCCUUCAAUACAGUUCCAAUGGCAAAUGGUAUCACACCUGCGGAGGAACCCUCAUUGCAACCAACUGGGUGAUGACUGCUGCACACUGCAUCAGUCCUUCUAGGAACUAUCGAGUAUUUCUUGGAAAAUACAACCUAGCAGCUGCGGAAGAAGGAUCAAUUGCACUUCCUCCAGAAAAAAUAAUUGUCAAUGAGAACUGGAAUCCACGGAAAGUUGCAAACGGGUAUGACAUUGCUUUGAUCAAGCUCACUGAACACGUCACCUUAAGCGACCACAUUCAGCUGGCCUGCCUCCCCCCUGCACAAAGCAUCCUGUCAUCCAACGCUGCCUGCUACGUGACAGGAUGGGGAAGACUGCAGACAAACGGACCUCUUCCAGACGACCUGCAGCAAGCCCUUUUGCUGGUGGUGGAUUAUGCCACUUGUUCCCAGCCCAGCUGGUGGGGAAGCACAGUGAAACGCACCAUGGUUUGCGCUGGUGGGGAUGGAGUCACCUCCAGUUGUAAUGGCGACUCUGGUGGCCCACUGAACUGCCAAGCUGCUGAUGGCAAGUGGGAAGUGCAUGGCAUCGUCAGCUUUGGCUCUGCUCUUGGCUGCAACUAUUACCACAAGCCUUCUGUCUUCACUCGGGUCUCUGCCUACAACAGCUGGAUCCAGCAGGUUAUGGCAACCAACUGAUUCAAAGAGAACUGGAUGAUAGAUGCCACAAAGGAAAACAGUUUGAAUAAAGUCAUAAUCAUGACAUCUUUGAUCAAAAAGAGCGGGGGAAUUAUGCUUUUAACAACACAAGUGUAAUACCUAACCAUACUGCAAUAAACACUAUUUUUUGCAAGAUGAAAGAAAAACAUGUGUCCCUGUCACUUCUUCCCGUGUAUUGUCAAGACCUGAGCCUGUAAUUAGUGAUAAUGCGGGAGACCUUUUACAGCCUUUCCCCUGCCUUGGGCUGGAGCUUGCUACCCUCACCUGGGGGAGAUGUGAGCCUGCUGUGAAGAGGCUGGGCAGCAGGAAGAGUUGGUGAGCCACAGGAACAGCUUGGG